AUGCCUGUCCCACCUUCCGUUCAACGCGAGCUCGAUAGAGUCCAAGAAGCCGUCAAGGCCAUUCGAGCUCGCAAGGCACUUGACCCGAUCCGUGCUAACGAUAUCUAUGUAGACGAUAUCAUCGACUUCAGCUGCGAAGUCAGUCCCCGUGUGUUCAAGUGGCUGUCUGGUCUUCCGUCGGACCUCACGCAGCUUGAGCACUCGGACACUGCACCAGAGAUGACUGCAGAUAUGUACAAAGACCUCUUGAAUUGGGCUGCGAGCAAUGUCCAGCGCCUCGAGAAAGAACUCGACAAGCACGAGAUGGACCAUGAGACCCCCUUGGCCCUCCGCAACCCCACCGCCAUCGCCUACAACACCCGCGCGGAAGGCAUCUCCCCGUCCGACCUCAACAUCCAUCCCACCACCCGCCCCGUUCCGCCAAUCAACCCAGCCAUCCUCCAGUCCUUGAAGGCCAUCUUCGACUCCGUGCAUCCUCGAUCCACCCACGCCUUCUUCACCAACUGGCGCACCAUCCAAGCCGCGCUUGUGGACAUCCACAGGCUCCUCAACAUGAACUACGAGUCCUUCAGCAGCAGCAAGUUGCGCCACAUGCUCACCGCCAUAGAGCACGACAUCGACCUCUCAAACCUGCUUCUCGUGCACAUCGCCACGCAGCUCACCGGGGUAUCUCACUCCCUCGAUGAAGUCGGUUCGCGACGUAGGGUGGGCGACGGCGCUAGUCUGCACAACGCUUUCAGCGUCGAGGGCAGCGCGUAUAGGCGGUGGGUUAGUGCCUUUCCGGAGGUGGUAGCCGGCGAGGUGGGCGUUGACGUUGCGGAGAGGGUGUUGAGGAUGGGCACCCCGGAGCUGAGUAUGGAUUGGAAGAACAAUUAUCAGUGGAAGGAGGAGGGAGAGGAGAAGACCGGGGGAUUGGGGUGGAUGUGGGAGUCGGAGAGGGAGUAUGAUCUGGAAGUCUGA